GACCCUUUCUAGAACUUUCCGAAUUUGACGGCCGCCAUUUUGAUCCCUUCAACCCAUAUCGAAGAAAGCAGAAAUAUCUACUCUACGUUGGAAAUCUUCGUCGACGCAAUACAUCGACUAUUUUGAGCAUUUCUCAAGGCUAUUAAGAUGAAACAGUCGAAGAGAAUGCGCUCUCCGUGGUUUAGCGAGGAGAGUUUGGAGGAGAAAAUGGAGAAUAGAAAGAGACACAAGAGAGACUCACACAGCAGCGAGAGAGAAAACAAAUACAGAAAACACCACCGCCAUCAUUACAACAACGGCGAAGGGCAUUACCUUGAGACCAGGAGCUCGAAUGAAAAGCUAAAGGUCAAAGAAAAGAGAGACCAUGAGGAGGACAGCCGUUCUGUCUGUAAGGACCGGUACCGAGAAAGAUCCAGAGUCAGGGACCGAGAGAGAGACAGAGACUGGCAUCAUUACAGCAAAUCCUCCGGCAACAGCCGACGAAGCAGUCGCCAAGGGCACAGACGCCAUCACUCUCGCCAUCGCUCCAACUCGAGGAAUCAUCGCAGGAAAAGAUCCAGGAGUGUUGAGGAUGAUGAGGAGGGUCACCUGAUCUAUCACAGUGGAGACAUGCUAAGAGCAAGAUAUGAGAUUGUGUGCACGCUCGGAGAGGGAGCUUUCGGCAAAGUGGUGGAGUGCAUCGAUCGUGAAAAAGGAGGAGCUCGUGUAGCUUUGAAGAUCAUUAAAAACAUUGAUCGCUAUCGUGAGGCAGCUCUGUCUGAGGUCGAGGUGCUGGAACAGAUGAACUCGCUCGACUGUGAUAAACGAUAUGCAUGCGUGCGGAUGUCUGACUGGUUUGAUCACCACGGGCAUGUGUGCAUCGCCUUUGAGCUGCUGGGUUUGAGCACAUACGAUUUUCUAAAGGAAAACAACUUUCAGCCCUUCUCAAUCAACCAAAUUAGACACAUGGCCUACCAGAUCAUCAGAGCGGUCAGAUUUCUUCACAAGAAUAAAUUGACACACACCGACCUGAAACCGGAGAACAUCCUCUUCAUCAAUUCCGAAUAUGACAUCAAGUACAACCCAAAAAUGAAGAGGGAUGAGAGAACGCUGAAGAAUCCUGACGUGAAAGUUGUCGAUUUUGGAAAUGCAACUUAUGACCACGAGCACCACACAUCUGUGGUGUCCACACGGCAUUACAGAGCCCCAGAGGUUAUUCUUGAUUUGGGCUGGAAUCAUUCCUGCGACGUGUGGAGUUUGGGAUGCAUUCUUAUCGAGUAUUAUCUCGGAUCAACUUUAUUUCAGACACAUGACAGUAAAGAACAUCUAGCUAUGAUGGAGCGAGUGCUCGGCCCCAUACCAACCCAAAUGCUGCAGAAAACAAGGAAGCACAGGUUUGUUCGUCAUGAUAAACUGGAUUGGGACAUUCACAGCUCCGCAGGACGUUACGUCAGAAAGCAGUGCAAGCCAUUGAGACAAUACAUGACGACCUGCAGUUCAGAUCACGAGCAGCUCUUUGAUCUCAUCGAGAGGAUGCUUGAAUUCGAUGUCACAAAGCGGAUCACACUGAGCGAAGCUCUCAAGCAUCCGUUCUUUGACUGUUUAAAGAAGAUCAAGUAGAAGUGCUGGGUCUCUCCUCUGCUGUUUUUCCUCUCUGAGAGAGGUCCUAUCAGUCGACUGCAUCAGUCCUCUAUGCAGAUGAUAAGCUCAUUGCUCAUAUUUAUUGUGCUUUUUUUCUGUUAAUCGUGCAUUAGAUAAUGCUCUCCAGUUGUCCACUGAUUUGUAAUUUAUGUUGUGAAUGAUUUUCAUGAUAGACUCUGAUGUGUGACUAUAAGGGUGUGAGUUUUGGGUUUUUGGCAGUUGUGUUGUUUAUUGUAUAGGAUCUAAUGUGUGAAAUGUAAUCAUGAAUCCAUUAGUUUUGUGAAUAUCAAUGUAGUGAUUUGUAGGUAUGUUUCUCAUUUUUAAAAAAUAAAAAUGUAUGGCCAUUGA